AUGCUAGAAAGCGCAGGUGCCAGUCUGGACCUACGGGAUAUGGCCAUCAGUCGCUGCAGUGACAUUGCUUCUCCUGCACCGAAGGACGGCACCGGCGAAAUGAGCCCACCCUCUCAAAAAGUGCGCGCUUCGGCUCCUCCACCAACUACGCUACACCGAAGUAAGUCUACCCCGUUCGCCCGCACUUGUACUGUGGGGUUUGUAACCCCAACCUUGCCUUGA